GUAGAGGAGAAAGUUAAGAAGAACCUCAAUUAAAGACAUAAAUACGCAGUAUGCAUCUGAUGAAGAAACCUGUUUGACUCACUGAAGUGUGGAAGAGUUGAAGGCUCACCGGAGUUUGUGGGAGAGCAAGAGAUUUUGAUCCCUUCAGUGAAACUCCCAAGACACAUCAUAGAAAGCUGGAUGGAUUCCUACUGAAUGGCGCCCACAUGAGCAGACUCCCAGGAAUUGUGCCUCUAGACUCCGUUCUAGAAAGAGUAGACUUUGAGGCAAUGUUGGAUUCCGUCAAAUGCGUUCUUGUAGGAGAUGCUGCUGUUGGGAAGACGGCGCUGCUAUUACGCUUUACCUCUGAGACCUUUCCAGACGCUUACAGGCCAACCGUGUAUGAAAACACAGGAGUCGAUGUUUUCCUGGACGGUGUCCAGAUUAGUUUAGGGCUUUGGGACACAGCUGGGAGUGAUUCUUUCAAAGGCAUCCGCCCGCUUUCCUAUCAACAGGCUGAUGUGGUAUUAAUGUGCUUCUCAGUGGCCAAUCGCAGUUCAUUCCUCAGCUUGAGGAACAAAUGGGUCACGGAGAUCAGGACCCACUUGCCCCGAAUCCCAAUUUUAGUGGUGGCUACCCAGACAGACCAGAGGGAAGUGGGACCUCACAGCGCCACCUGUGUCAGCUCAGUGCAUGGCAAGCAACUGGCCAAGGACAUCCGAGCAAAGGGUUAUGUGGAGUGCUCCUCUCUCAGCAACAGGGGAGUGCAGCAGGUGUUUGAGUGCGCUGUCCGGACAGCAGUGAAUCAAGCAAGAAAGCGAGCCCGAAGGAGCCUUUUUUCUAUUAAUGAGUGCAAAGUCUUUUAAUUUCCAUUCAGCGUCCUUAUCUGCGAAAACAACCCUGAUUCUUCCAUUUGGCAGAAUGUUUUUGAUAUAACAGAUGAAAAAUGUGAUUAUACUGUUCGUUAGUGUUGAUGGUGGGACUCUCAAAUGGCAACAGGAACUUUCUGCCUGCAGAGCAGAGUGGAACUGUUUUCUCCCAUAAAGACGGCAAUUUGACACCCUAAACAGAAGGAAAGGUGCCUUAUAGACUGCAGCAUGGUCGCCAUUAUU